UUGCAGCACUUGGUCGCGUUCAUUGUCUUGGCAUGCACACUUUAAAACAGAUAUCACUUCCACGUAGACAUUUUAUGUGGCUCAUUUACGGCGAAACAAGGCAGGUACGCGCUGUACAGUUUAUCGAUUGAAAGUGACUGGCGAUAGUAUGGAACACCCAUUGAUCGAUGUUCACUACACUCCCUGCUGACCCGAGAAAACAUUUGAUAUCGGACGCGAGACGGGGAUUUAUUUGAGGUGGAAAAACAAGCUCCAUAUUUUGCAUCCAGGCGCGCUCUGGAGCAGCGUUUGUCGGUCUUACGUCGACUCGGUACGACGUUUCGUCCCCGCUGAACGUCGCCGCCGUUGGACUUGUUUUUCCUGCGGCGGGAGCCCGCUUCCUGUUAGCUUGUGCUGCUUCGGGGGAGCCGACAUUCUGCUGCUGAACGUGCCCGUCGAGUUCGCCGUCGCAAACGGGCCCAGCCAUGGACCCCCCGAGGACACGCUCUCGAUCUCGGUCCGGCUUCUAUCAUUUCGCCGUGAGCAACCCCGCUGGAGGCAACAGCGGCGGUAACGCGCUCGGAAACGGGAGCAUGAUGAGCGCCGGCGGGGGAGGAGGAGGAGGCAUGAGCUUCCCGCAGCAGAGCAACGCCGGCUGGGCACCGCACCACGGCGGCCGCGGCGGCUACCCUGACAGCCAGCCGCAGCAGCCGGGGACUUACCUGGCCGCAGGGGCGCAGCGCCACGGAGCUCACCGGCACCCCGGGUCUGGAGGAGUGCUACACUUUCAUCCAGAUAAUGUGUUCAGUGAGGAUCGAGACAAAAUGGAAGAUAGCCCAAGCCCAAAAAGGCAGCGUCUUUCCCAACAGUCCAUUUUAGAUCUAAGCGCCGUCCCUCCGUCUACCCCGUCAUCUCCCAUUCGCCCCUGGGAACUCCCCCCUAGUCGCAGAGCGCACGGCCACUACACGCCAGAGCGAUGUCACACACCUGUCCGCAAUCGAAGAAGCCCUCCAAUGAGACGGCCGCGUGGCCGCAGAGACCGCCUGACACGUCAUCACCACACUCACAAUCACCACCAACAUUACAACAACAACAAUAGCAACAACAACCAUCACCACCCCAACACUCACCCUCACCACCAUCACCAUCACCACCUGCACUCUCACCUUGGGCUGUCACCCGGCCACCAAGAUGAGAACUACCGUCACCCAGCCCCACCGCAGGGCUACCCGCCCUAUGGCCAGCAGCCUCCCAGAGGGCCGGGGCUCGGGAUGGAAGAGCGCCAAGUUUACCAUCCCCCAAACCCCUCCCCGAGGCCCCUUCAUCCGUCUUCAAACCUGUCCCCCCGACUGCUGCACCCUGCGGCGCAUCCGCAGCACCCCCACCCCCACCCAUCGCAGCAACAGAGCAGCGGGGUGUUGGACCUCCAGGAGCAGGGUUCAGCUCCGGUGUCGUAUCCCGUGUCCCCCCCGGGGGUGACACCUGGUCUGCCACCUCGUUCGGCCCCACAACAGAUCCCAGCAUGCUCGUUAGUCUUCGGUGGACAGCACUAUCCUGUCUGCAGCGUCGCCCCUCCUGUCCUGCAGACUUGUUCUGUGCAGCACCUUCCCAUGCCCUACCCUUUCCCCUCUCUGCUGUCCAGUGACCAAGCCUUCCUUCUCCCCCCUCCUCCCCACCUUCCACAUCCUCCCACACACCUUUCCCACCAUCCACCUCACCUGCCGCAAACUGGACAAUUUGGACCCUACACGACACAGCAGGCCCGUUCACCUUUACAGAGGAUAGAGAAUGAUGUGGAGCUGCUGGGAGAGCAUCUGUCUUUGGGUGCAGGGCUCCACUACCCUCCUGCCACCCACCCAGCUCUCACCCCACAUUCCACACAGCUCCACUUCCUCUCCCAUGAGCCCCUGCCCCAGGAGUUCUUUGGAGUGUCCUACCCGAACUUCAUCCCUCGUCGCCUCGCGGGCCGAAGGUACCGCUCGCAACAGCCACUACCGCCUUCGCCUUAUCACCCCAGCUUCCUGCCUUACUUCCUAUCAAUGCUGCCGGUCCAGCCAAGUGGCCCUGCGAUCAGUCUCGAGCUGGAUGUCGAUGAUGGAGAAGUGGAAAAUUAUGAGGCCCUCCUCAAUCUUGCCGAGCGUCUCGGGGAGGCCAAACUCAGAGGACUUACCAAGGCCGACAUUGAGCAGCUUCCUUCCUAUCGCUUCAACCCAAAUAACCACCAGUCUGAACAAACACUGUGUGUGGUGUGCAUGAGUGAUUUUGAGUCCCGACAACUGCUGCGAGUUCUGCCCUGCAGCCACGAGUUCCACGGCAAGUGUGUCGACAAGUGGCUGAGGGCCAAUCGGACGUGUCCUAUUUGCCGGGCUGACGCCUCAGAAGUCCAGCGAGACUCGGAGUGAUCGCGUGAUGUGCUACAAUCUAAAUGUCUAUUAGACAUGUUCAUCACUGCCUGCUCCAGAUUUGUCUCAUCUGUUACAUACAUGUACAUGAUUGUAUACCCGCGUACAAACAGACACACCAUUUCUUCCAUUAUUUCUAUUGUUGUGUGUGCCUCUCUCUCUCUCUUUUUUUUUUUUUUUUUUUUCUUAAACGGCACAAUCUUCCUACUUUGCAUACUUAAUUACUGUGUGUACCAUAAGAGUUACAAGUAUUUUGGUCAAUUUAAUUAUGCAAGCCUGUUGGAAAUGGGAUUGAGUGUUGAGAUUUUUUCCAAUAUUUGAGCAUGUGCGUGUGUGUCAAGAGUAAAGACAUAACUUCUCAUGAGUGAUAGUUUAUACUCCAUUUGUACAUUUCUGCACUAUUGGUCUUUAUGUACAGUAUAGCAAUGUGUAUUAUGUAAUUCCUUUUACUCCAAUUUCAGUUCAAGGGUCCAUGUUGCCACUAAUCUUUGUGUUACUUUGUGCUAAGUUGACGCUUCAUUAUGUAUUAAUUAUUAUUGACCAUAAUGACUGACUGUUUGUCUUGUCUGGCAUUUACCUCAUUACUGUCUCCACACUUUACAAGCACUUCAUAGCACUAAUAUGAAAUUAAGCACAUUUUUUUUUCUUCCUUUGAAUAAUGGUGACUUUGCAGUGGCAAAUGUUAGAUAGAUAUAUCUCUAUAAAUAUACAUACUGUAUAAAUGUAUGAAUAUCUGUAAACCAAAUAAAAGGCUUGA